ACAAUCAGAAAGGGAUAAAGGCAUCAUGGAUUCGGAUAACUGCUGUUCUGCUUCCCAUAAAAUGUUGAGCCCGUUCUUGGUCGUGGAAUUUACAGAUGACGAUGAUAUCGCCUACAAAUCAUUUCAGGUUCUCCAGAACUCACGCGCUCAAAGGUUCUACAACCUGAGAGAGCACUGCCUAUCGGAGAACAUUCUUUUUGAAGAUCCUGACUUCCCGGUAGAGGAGCAAAUCCUUUUUGGACAUCCACUGUCUCCAACACCCGGAGUCCAAUGGCUUCGCCCGCCGGAAUUCAUAGCGAAGCCGAAAUUCUUCGUGCAUGACUCUUCAGAAUUUAAUGUCCAACCGGGAUGUCUACCCUGUGGUUGGUUACAAGCGGCCAUUUUGACACUAUCCACCAAUAAACGAGCAUUGGAGCGUACCGCACCGCACGAUAACUGCUUCGAGCAUGGGAAAUACGCCGGGAUAUUCCACUUCCGGUUCUGGAAAUAUGGACGCUGGCUCGAUGUGGUGAUUGACGAUCGGCUUCCGACGAUCGAUAAGAAGUUAAUAUUCACCCGAUCCAGUCGGGCCAAUGAGAUGUGGUGUUGUCUGCUGGAAAAGGCAUACGCCAAGUUUCGUGGAUCAUACAAUGCACUAAAUUGCGGAAUGGUCAGCGAAGCCAUGCAGGACUUCUCCGGAGGCAUUACGGAAUGUGUUUAUUUCAAAGGAUCACAAAUUUCACCACAGUAUUUGUACGAUUUGAUCGAUAGAGGAUUGCAGAAGGGGUCAAUGAUGGCUGGAGUGAAGGUGGUGGACAUUCAACAUGCGAAAGAUCAAUCAUGUUGCAUACAUCCAAUAAUACAAACCAUGAUUUCGGGUUCCCAGCUGGUCUGCUUUCAACAUCUCUGUGAACAGAUAUCACGAACGAAGAAAGAGCAGUCCAAGAAAUCAAUUCCAGAACGGCCCAGCAAAUUCUGGUUGCGUGUUGAAGAGCUGAUGAGUAAAUUUCAUGGUGUGGAAAUGUGUCACAUUUCACCUGAUCCUUUGGGUGACCCAGAAAAUGGCAUACGACACUGGAGUGUCUUGUUGAUGGAAGGAGCAUGGGUAUCAGGACAUACAGCCGGUGGAUGCAGAGAUCAUCCGGAGUCCUAUGGAAUGAAUCCAAAGCAUGAUUUUAACUUAUCCAUGCCGGAUGACGAAUCCGGAAUGUGUUCCAUAGUCAUAUCCCUCAUGCAGAAACAAAUAACAGACAACUAUCCCUGUUUGCUUAUCGGAUUUGCCGUUUAUCGAAUAACCGGACAAAAGCUGACAAGUCCGAUGGUAUUCUCCAAUUACGGUAAACCGGAAAUGAUUACCCAAGUGAAUUACUCAAACUCACGUGAAGUAAUCUGUCGAUUGAAGCUGGCACCUGGCAGAUACCGUAUCGUAUCAACAACCAAACAACCUCACGAAAAUGGAAAUUUCGUUCUGCGAGUUUACUGGAAUCCACGCGUUCAAGCUGACGAGUUAGACUAUGCAAUGAUUGAAAAGCAUCCAGCCGAACUAUUGCUUACAUCCGGUGACUGGGAGCUGUUGGUUCGAAUGUUCUACGAUCUAGCGAACCAUUGGGGACUGAUUGAGUGCGCCGACGUGGCAUUCUUAGUGCUGGUACAUUUUUCCGAUUCAGUUCCCAAAUCCAAACGACCGAAGAAAUCCCCGAAACCACAAAGCAAACCGGUGGUCUUGAUGGUUGAACCGCAUACGGUUGAGAAUUCUCCGGCCUACAAGGUGGACAGCACGCUACAUCGGGCUUUGGUCGAACGGAUCAAUCUAGUGCGAAAAGAGAACAGUGUUCGGUUCGAUUUCAAGCAAUUUCUGCAGAUCGUCAAAGACAAUCGUCAAAGCUGGCAGGAACUGUUCGAUUGUGGUCAUUAAGGUCGUUAUUUGCAUGAGGCGACGUAGGGAUACUAUGUUCAACCUGUUCACUGUAUUAACCUUG